GAUAUUGGCUGGAGGGAGGGCAGUGUCGGCCUCCGCCCCCUGUCGCGCUGGGCCGGCUCAGUGGGGACCCAGCUGUGUGCACCUCAGGCGCGUAAGCUACGGGCGGCCAAGUCCAGCCGGUCUCUCCCACAGCUGAGGGCCGAAACAGGCCGGCCAGUGAGUCAGACUUUCUGUUUGGGUGUUUUCCAUGCUUCAUCAUGUUGAGGGCUAAGACUCGGCUUUUCAUGUGUUCACCUCAUCACCUGAAGCAGCUAAAAGAAUCAUCAGACUCCAGGCUUAUAUGGCAGCGACUUCUGCACCAGCAACUGCCUCUUCACCCAGAAUGGGCUGCUCUGGCUAAAAAGCAGCUGAAAGGCAAAAACCCAGAAGACCUAAUAUGGCACACUCCAGAAGGGCUCUCCAUAAAGCCCUUAUAUUCCAGUAGGGAUACCAAGGACUUGCCUGAAGAACUUCCAGGAGUGAAGCCGUUCACGCGGGGACCAUAUCCUACCAUGUACACCUUUAGGCCCUGGACCAUCCGUCAGUAUGCUGGUUUUAGUACUGUGGAAGAGAGCAAUAAGUUCUAUAAGGACAAUAUUAAAGCUGGUCAACAGGGAUUAUCCGUUGCCUUUGAUCUGGCAACACAUCGUGGCUAUGAUUCAGACAACCCUCGAGUUCGUGGUGAUGUUGGAAUGGCUGGAGUUGCUAUUGACACUGUGGAAGAUACUAAAAUUCUCUUUGAUGAAAUUCCUUUAGAAAAAAUGUCAGUUUCCAUGACCAUGAAUGGAGCAGUUAUUCCAAUCCUUGCAAAUUUUAUAGUAACUGGAGAAGAGCAAGGCGUACCUAAAGAACAACUUACUGGUACAAUCCAAAAUGAUAUACUAAAGGAGUUUAUGGUCAGAAAUACUUACAUUUUUCCUCCAGAACCAUCCAUGAAAAUUAUUGCAGACAUUUUCCAGUAUACAGCAAAGCACAUGCCAAAAUUUAAUUCAAUUUCAAUUAGUGGUUACCAUAUGCAAGAGGCAGGGGCUGAUGCCAUUCUGGAACUCGCCUAUACUAUAGCAGAUGGACUGGAGUAUUGUAGAACUGGACUCCAAGCAGGCCUGACAAUUGAUGAGUUUGCACCAAGGUUGUCUUUCUUCUGGGGAAUUGGGAUGAACUUCUAUAUGGAAAUUGCAAAAAUGAGAGCUGGGAGAAAACUCUGGUCUCACUUAAUAGAGAAAAUGUUUCAGCCUAAAAACUCUAAAUCUCUUCUUCUGAGAGCACAUUGUCAGACAUCAGGAUGGUCACUUACUGAGCAGGAUCCUUACAAUAACAUUAUUCGUACCACAGUGGAAGCAAUGGCAGCAGUGUUUGGAGGGACUCAGUCUUUGCACACAAAUUCUUUUGAUGAAGCCUUGGGUUUGCCAACGGUGAAAAGUGCUCGAAUUGCCAGGAACACACAAAUCAUCAUUCAGGAAGAAUCUGGGAUUCCCAAAGUGGCUGAUCCUUGGGGAGGUUCAUAUAUGAUGGAGUCACUUACAAAUGAUGUUUGUGAUGCUGCCUUGAAGCUCAUUAAUGAAAUUGAAGAGCUGGGUGGGAUGGCCAAAGCUGUAGCAGAGGGAAUACCUAAACUUCAAAUUGAACAAUGUGCUGCCCGAAAACAAGCUAGAAUAGACUCUGGUUCUGAGGUAAUUGUUGGAGUAAAUAAGUACCAGUUGGAAAAAGAAGAAUCUGUGGAUGUUCUCGCUAUUGACAAUACUUCAGUGCGUAACAAGCAGAUUGAAAAACUUAAGAAGGUUAAAUCCAGCAGGGAUCAAGCUGUGGCUGCGAGGUGUCUCACUGCCCUGACUGAGUGUGCUGCCAGUGGCGAUGGGAAUAUUCUGGCUCUCGCAGUGGAUGCAGCUCGUGCAAGAUGUACAGUUGGAGAAAUCACAGAUGCCAUGAAAAAGAUAUUUGGUGAACAUAAAGCUAGUGAUCGUAUGGUGAGUGGAGCCUAUCGCCAGGAAUUUGGAGAAAGUAAAGAGAUAUCAUUUGCUAUUAAGAGGGUUAAUAAAUUCAUGGAACAUGAAGGUCGUAGACCUCGCCUUCUUGUGGCAAAAAUGGGACAAGAUGGACAUGAUAGAGGAGCAAAAGUUAUUGCUACAGGAUUUGCUGAUCUUGGUUUUGAUGUGGACAUAGGUCCUCUUUUUCAGACUCCCCGGGAAGUGGCCCAGCAGGCUGUAGAUGCAGAUGUGCAUGCGGUGGGUGUAAGCACACUUGCUGCUGGUCAUAAAACCCUGGUUCCUGAGCUCAUCAAAGAACUUAACUCUCUGGGACGGCCAGACAUUCUUGUCAUGUGUGGAGGGGUGAUACCACCACAGGAUUAUGAAUUUCUGUUUGAAGUUGGUGUUUCCAAUGUAUUUGGUCCUGGGACUCGAAUUCCAAAGGCUGCCGUUCAAGUGCUUGAUGAUAUUGAGAAGUGUUUGGAAAAGAAGCAGCAAUCUAUGUAACAUCCUGUUUUUGUUUUAGCUUUUUUCUAAAGUACUCUUCCAAUGAUGAUCAAAAAAGAGAGGGAAGCCAUGUUUUCAAUUUAAUUCAACACCUGAUACAUGCUUUCUUGAAAGCUUUACAUUAAAAAUACCUGACUUAAAAGCAUAUUGGCAUGCUUUUGAAUAUUAAAAGCAUAUUGGCAUGUAAGAAUGUAUGUGCAGCUUCACUUUAGAAGUUAAAAAGAAAUUAUCCUUAAAAACUCUCUCUAACACAUACUUUAUCAGAAACUCUAGAUAAAGGUAUUUAAAAAAUCAUCAUGUUUAUUUGAAGUAUUUCUUAUAAAUCUAUUUACUUUCUAUUUAAAAAAUUAAACUUUACCUAAAAAAAAGUCUGACUAGUCCCAUUCUUCAAUGUAGCACUAUAUUGACUUGACCACCAGAAAAUGAAAUCCAUAUAUGAAAAAAAUAAUUAAAGUAUCUUGGAUAAAAUAGUGAGAGAGUAUAUAUGUUGUGGUUGUAGUCCUCAGAAUUACCUUAAUAAGAGUAUUAAAUCAGAUCUGAAGGUUGUAAUAGUAGAGAAAUGGCCGAAUAUUACUUCAGGUCUGACUUUACUUUCUUUUUGGGCAUGAACAUGUGGCCUUGUUAUUGCUGGGCUUGGCUCUAGCCCCAGGAGGGUGAACAUUUAUGAAUAUUCCAUAAAAUGCUUAAGUUGUCAAUAUGACUUCCUCCAAAAUGAUGAUGGAAGCAGGGGGUAUAUGUGUCUGGAAAAGUUAGUAAUUCAGUCUAGGUCUGAAGGCCUGAGGAACAGGGAAAUCCAUGGUGUAAAUCCCAAUUCAGAGGUCAGAGAGGCCGAUAUGAGAUGGCCCAGCUCAAUUAGUGAGGCAGGAAAAAUGGGGUGAGUUCCUCCUUCCUCUACCUUUUGUUCUACUCAGGCCCUCAACAGAUUGUAUGAUGCCUACCUACAUUGCAAAGAUCAAGGUAUUCUGAAAGUCCACUGAUAUAUAAGCUUAUUUCAUUCAGAAACAUCCUAACAGACAUACUCAGAAACAAUAUUUAAUCUGGGCAUCCUGAGGCCAGUCAAGUUGACACAAAGUCACCUAUCACAGAGCUCUUGCUGGUGGCAAUGUAUAAUGAUGCUUCUGUGGGGAAAAUGAUAAUUCCUCAAAAAAUUAAAACUAUCGAAUGGCCCACCAAGUCUGCUUCUGGGUAUACAUCCAAAAGAAUUGAGAGUAGGGUCUCAGACAGGUAUUUUACACCCAUAUUCAUAGCACCAUUAUUCACAGUAGCCAAAGAGUAGAAGCAAACCAAAUGCCCAUCAACAAAUGAAUGAAUUAACAAAAUGUGGUAUAUACUUAAAGUACAAUAUUAUUGAGCCUUAAAAAAGGAAAUUCUGACACAUGCAGCAACACAGAUGACCCUGGAAGACCUGCUAUGAAAUAAGCCAGUCAAAAAAGACAAAUAUUGUAUGAGUCUGUCCUUACGAAGUACCUAGAAUAGUCAAAUUCAGAGGCAGAAAGAAUGUUGUUUGCCAGGGCCUGGGGAGAGGAGGGAAUGGGGAAUUAAUGUUUAAAUGGGUUUCAGCUGGAGAAGAUGAUAAAGUUCCAGAAAUAGAUGGUGGUAUAGUUGAGCAAUCAUGUGAAUGUACUUAAAGCUGUGAAACUGUGCACUUAAAAAUGGUUAAUAAGGUGAAAUUUAUGUAUGUCUUACCAGAAUAAAAAAGUAGGACUGUCCUGACAUUUGGUAAAUGUUUUAUAGCUUAGUUGUUAGCAUUAUUGUGUUACUAUUAUGAAAAGAAUGAAUGGUAAGGCAAUGAACCUGGGAUGGUAGGUAGAGGCUAGAUCAUACAUAGAGGCUUGUACAGUUAAGGCAUUUGGACUUUAUCCUGAAGAUAAAAACAGAAUCAUACUAGGAUUCUAACUAUGAGAAUAAUCUGGUAAGAUUUGUUUUAGCACAGCAGCUAGUGGAAGAUGCUUUUUAAUGGGGCAAGACUGGGGAUAAGAGUUAGGAGACUUAGAAUAAUGUAAUAGAGAAAUUAUACAUCAGCUUAUCUGCUUAGGUGCUGCUCAGAGAUGGCCGAGACAGAGAGAAUAUGAUCUUAUUUUGGAAGAUUAAGUUGACAGAAUCUAGCCUUUAUCUUUAAAAAACAACGGCUCCUGAUCAUUAGGUAUUUUCUGUGUGAAAUAUGCUAUGCCCCCUCAUCUAGUUGGUUGUUCUUUUGUGGGUCUUCUUUGAUGUGCAGUGAUUUCAUAAUUAGAUACAUCAUAGUGUCAACGUCAGGAAAAGGUAAAAUUGCGGGAUUUGUUUUCCAGUGAUCAUUUUGUCAAUUCUAGAACUUGGAAGCUUUUCUGGCUUUGGAAGUAUACUGUAAUGAUGUCUUUAGGGUACUCUGAAGACAUCAUAAUGCUUUCCUUGCAACUUAAUGGAAAUAUAUAUAUUUUAUGUAUGUUUAUAAAAGUAGUGUAGAAAGUGGAGGAGAAGUUUAAAGAGGCAUCCUUUCUGAGCAAAACCUACUACCUACUUGGAAGUAGGAGAAAUAAAAGUAAAGCAAAAGAAAGCAGGAUGAAUUUCUCCUUCCUCUGAUUUCCAUGUCCAGGAGUGGGAAUUCAUGGAUGGAGAGCAGAGGCACAGGGAUUGUUAAACAUCUCUAGAUCUGUCUAUACAGACAAGGUUAUGUAUGCCAUGUCACCACCACCCUCCACCAGUAUCUUAAAAUUCCUAUCCAUUUCAUUCCUCUCAAAUACCUUUUUUUAAAAAUAAAAAAUGGAUCUAAUAAAAUCAUUCAUGUUAAGAUGUGUCAGGGAAUACAUGUUUGUUUUAGCAGAGGUAAUUUAUUUUAAAUGAGGUGAAAAAACUUACCAAAGUGAUGAAUAUCUAAAUAUAAUUUUUGCUAUUUAAUAGAGACUCAGUAAAAAGGAUGAUUAUGAUGAUAACAACUAUGUUAUUUCCACCAGUAGGUUAAAUUUUGAGUCAUUUCCAAAGAAUUAUGAACCAUCCUUUUGGCCAUUAGACAAAGCUUGAUUUUAUAAGUAGCCUAAAGUUGAAAGAUAAAAAUUCUAUGUGUGUGUGUACAUAUAUAUGCUAUUAAACUAUUCUGUGUAAUUUGUACUUCAUAACGAAAAAUGCUUCAGCAUUCAAAAAUAUUUACAGAAGAACUAAUUUUGGUUUUCUGAUUUAACAUAAUGCUAUUGUUUACUAGUUCUUAAAUCCUCCUUUAAUUUUUUUCUUCUGUACCUGUAGGUGUCUCCCUAAGGCCAGGAUUAUUCUAUUUCCCUGAAACAAUAUUUGAAAUGAUGCCCAUCCUAGAGACUCAUAGGUGCUGUAAACACUCAGAAAAAGCAUAUCUCUUUAACAGUCUGCUUAGAUGCACCUAAGGUCAUCUGCCAUGAUUGUGACCUGGAGUCAAUAAAAUUAAAUGUUAAUAAUUGUUCAUGAA